AUGCCUCGAGGUUCAAAGACCACGCGUAACAACCCAGGUCUCCCAUCUACCACCUUUGUCCUCGAUAAUGGAGGCUACAGUCUCAAAGCGGGCUUUGCUCCGUCAGACGCAGUCUCAGACACCGAGGCGCUGUCAAAAUGCCACAUAAUUCCGAACGCGCUCGUGCGUACUCGAGACAAGAAAACCUACGUCGGCACACAGACCGAAGACAUUGUAGACUGGAGUGAAGCAUUGUUCCGGCGCCCAGUGGAAAAUGGGCAGAUCGUGAGUUGGGAGGCGGAAAAAGAGAUCUGGGAUCAAUCCUUCUUCGAUGAGCGGACUGCUGGGAACGAUCUCCUGGUGAGGAAUCCGGAGAACACCACACUGGUUUUCACUGAACCACCCAAUACCAUGCCUGCGCUCCAAAAGAAUGCCGAUGAGAUCAUCAUGGAGGAAUGGGGGUUUGGAGGCUACUCCAGGGUGAUCGGCCCUUCUUUGAACGCCUACAAUGAUCUCCAUCCUCUUUUCGAAGAAAUUCAAAGUCCUAUCCCGGCAGAACUGCCCAUGGAGUGCCUCCUCGUCAUCGACAGUGGCUACAGCCAUACCACAAUCACUCCACUCUUCAACGGUCACCCGAUACAUCGUGCAGUUCGCCGUCUAGACUUUGGAGGGAAGCACUUGACGAACUUGCUGAAAGAAGUGAUAUCUGUGCGCCAUUUCGAUCUGCACCAAGACACGAAAAUCAUCAACGACAUAAAAGAGGACGUCUGUUUCGUCAGCGAAGACUUCAAGGGUGAUCUGGAAAAAGGUUGGAAGGGCAAUAAUGGGCGUCAGAAUCUGAUUCGAGAUUUGGAUGGCGCCUCCGACCAUCAAACCCGACGGACGGAUGGGAUUCGAGUGGAUUACAUCCUCCCAGACGGCAUCCGUCUGUUACGAGGUUUCAGUCGGCCAUACGACCCGUCGUCAGCAGCACGCAAACGCAAACAAGCUGCGCUUUCUGGUCAAGCCGAUGCCGAGAUUUCGAUGACUUUGGGAAACGAGCGUUUCUCCGUUCCCGAAAUUCUAUUCUCGCCCAGCGACAUUGGCUCGAAACAGCCCGGACUCGCCGACAUCGUCAUGCAAUCACUUGCUGUUCUUCCUCCGCUCGUACAGGCCACCAUGCUGAGCAACGUACUUGUCGUGGGCGGGAAUGCCCAGAUUCCAGGCUUGGUCGAACGGAUCGAGGCCGAGCUGCGGACGAGGGUGAAGACGGAGUGGGCGGUCCGGGUGCGCAAAAUGCAGGAUCCCAUCACUUCGACUUGGUUGGGUGGAGCCAGGCUGGCGAGUCGGUAUCCAGGCACGGUGAGAGAAUUCGGCGUCAGUCGGGAAGAGUAUUUAGAGCAUGGAAGUGCCUGGACUGCUCGACGGUUUGUGAGUGGAGGGGCUGGAAAGGGGCCAUGA